CUGCACUACUUGCCACAUGUACAGUUUAGCUUCUUCCGUCAGCACAGAGGGGUUUACAAGUGCUAAGUGUAUUGAAGUAGUAAGGCUGACGGAGAAGGUUGCAGAUCUAGAAGCGCGCAUCCGAACGCUAGUUGAGGACAGUAAGACCGCUGAUGUUAAUGUUACAAACACUGUUUCGGGUGCGCCUAGUGCUAAGCGUACUACACAUGGCUCGGUUCCGACUUCAGAGUCAAGGCGGCUGACUAACUGGGUGACUGUCAGGCGGCGUAGUCACGUACGGCACCCAACUAGUGCUCCUGUAGUAAUAUCAAACAGAUUUUCUCCACUUAGCAAUACACCGGCUGAGACGUCUGUUAAAGGUGCCCUGGUUAUUAGAGAUUCAAUUCUCAAGAACGUUAACAUUGAGGCACCAGCCACCAUAGUUGACUGUAUACCGGGAGCCAGAUCGUCAGACAUUAGAUCCAAACUUAAAGUGCUGGCUAAUGCUAAGCGUAAGUUUUCUAAAAUUGUCAUUCAUGCCGGUGCAAAUGACACCAGACUUCGCCAGUCGGAGAUCACCAAAGAUACUAUUAAAGAGGUGUGUGAAAUUGCAAAAACAAUGUCAGAUAAUGUUAUAUGCUCUGGUCCCCUCCCUGCCUACCGGGGUGAUGAAACUUAUAGCAGAUUAGUGUAUCUUCACCACUGGAUGUCAAAAUGGUGCCCUCAGCAUAACGUAGGGUUUAUAGACAAUUGGAAGAAUUUCAGGGGGAGACCUGACCUGCUAAAGAGAGAUGGCCUUCAUCCGUCAUCGGAAGGAAAUGCUAUACUUUCUAGAAAUCUGACUAAUACUCUUACUUCUAAUACAGUCUGACUACCCAGUGCCCAGGUCAGGAAACAGACAGAUCGGCUUACCCGUCCGUCUGUUAGCUGCCCUGACAUGUCAAGAUCACAUAUAUCCCAGCACUUAGAGUCUAUCUUACCAGAGUAUCAACACAUUUCAACUGUGUCCGUUCCUCGAACAAACAAAUACAGAGCACCGUUUACCUCGUCUCAUACAAAUCUUACUAACAUAAAAUUAGAAAACAAUACAUUUACAGAUGAACCUCAAAUGUUAAAAUUCGGCCUUCUUAACAUUAGAUCGCUUACCAAUAAAGAACCCAUUGUCAAUGAAAUAAUUACUGACCAAAACUUAGAUGCACUCUGGCUUAGAGCAGACGAUUACAUAAGUUUAAACGAAUCCACCCCACAAGUUAAGUUACAGUUUUUCUCAAUUGCUUAAACACUAAAACCCAUUGGCUGAACAAAGUUAUCAGUUGCCUGAACUCAUUUAUCUAAUUGUGGAGUCUGUUGUCAAUACCUCAAACCAUUUCACAUCAUAAAACACAAUUUGCAGAUUUCACUUAGACUUUUUAGCAAAACUCCAAACACAUACUCAUUCUCAAAGCACAAUCUGCACUAUAUAUGCACAUGUCAUGCAUACUGCUAAACACAAGCAGCAACAAUCAAAUACAAAUGUCAUCACCAGGGGCGGAGCGGGGGGGUGGCUUUUGGAGCUCGAGCCCCGAAUGUUUUGUCAAAAGCCCCGAAUCUUUUCAGAUCUGUAAAAUGAAUUCAUUCAGGACGCUAGGUGGUGGCACUCAGCUUUAAUUCUCCGCUCCCCCACUCAACUGAAAAUGAAUAAGAGAUGCGUGUUGAAGGCAAAAUAACAUUCUGAAUCUCCCCACAGUAAACGCAUUUUCAAAGUGUCUUUAUUAUUACAGUGCCUUUGUUAUUACUGUAAGUGUAUAUUUAUAGUUAUGUGAUGUAAAUACUGUUAAAUAGCGUCAACUGAUAUAUUAUCUGCAUGGCUAACGUCUAACUUACUGUGGUGCUCUGGUCUAGUCUGCCUCAUUGGUCAUUGGUAACGUUGUAUUUAAAGUACAUUUAAUAACAGUGAAUUAAAACUACUUUGAAAAAACUUGCUCAUUGUUGCAUAUAUACUUUUUUAUAGAUGGAUAUACGAUUUAUAUUUUUAAAGACUUCAGAAGUAAGAAGGUGAGAAAGUAUAUAGUUAGUUAGGUAUGUUUUGUCCAUAUGCAUUUGAAAUUCGCAAUGAUUUUACCUCAGAAAUACAUUGAUAGACAGUUAUAAAAUGUGAAUCCCCAAUCUCUUACAUUAAAAUAUCCUUAUGUGUGAUAACUGUCAGUGCAAAUAGGAAGAGAGGAGGUUGGAGAGAGAUCACAGACAGACAGAUAGACAGAAAGAGAGAAAGAGAGAGAAACGCUUCCAUAAGCAGGUGAGAAAUUGUUUUGUCAAUGAAGUCAAAAAUUGUUAUUCUUAUGUAGCUUUAUAGUUACUGGAUUAGCCUUCAGCAAACAUGAUUGCCUAUUUUUGGAUAAGAGAAGUUAAAGUAUCAUUGUCAAAAUUUGUUAUGUUGCAGUUUCAAAAUGACAAUACCAGUGU